GGGUCAGAUUAGAAACUGCUAUUGCUAGGACUUCUCAGGUGAAUUCUGCACUAUUUUGUCCCCUUGUCUUAUUCUUUUCAAGAGAUAUUCUCCUAUACAUUGUGCUGAACAGUCCUGGGAAGAUUCUUUCCUGAGAAGGCAAGCUUUUGGCUGUAUUAUUUUUGCAGUCAUGGCGCCUAAAAAGAAGAAUGUCAAAAAGACCAAGGUUGAUGUCAAUGAGUUGACAAUCAUCAUGGAGGAUGGACCCCUGAGCAAACUGAAUGGCUUGAAUGGCCUUUUGGAAGGAGGGAAUGGCUUCAGUUGUGUCUCAACAGAGGUUUCUGAUGCUCUCUACAGCCCCAAUCUCUUGGAAGGGCUAUGCAGAAUGAGGCUGGAGAACUUUCUUUGUGAUUUAGUCAUUGGCACGAAAACAAAGUCUUUUGAUGUCCACAAGGUGGUGAUGGCCUCAUGUAGUGAUUAUUUCCAUGAUAUCUUAAAGAAAGAUCCUUCUACUCAACGAGUGGACCUCAAUGAUGUUUCUCCAUUGGGCCUAGCUACAGUCAUUGCAUAUGCCUACACUGGGAAGCUCACACUCUCACUGUACACAAUAGGUAGCAUCAUCUCCACAGCUAUUUAUCUUCAAAUCCAUACCCUUGUGAAGAUGUGCAGUGAUUUUCUGAUGCAAGAGAUCAAUGUAGAGAAUUGUACAUACAUUGCCAACAUUGCUGAGACCUAUGGACUGAAAAACUCUAAGGAGGCAGCACAGAAAUUCAUCAGAGAUAACUUCAUUGAAUUUUCUGAAUCGGAUCAAUUUUUAAAACUUAGUUUUGACCGGAUCAAUGAACUCCUUGCAGAUGAUGACUUGCAGUUGCAUUCUGAACUUGUUGCAUUCCAAAUUGCAAUGAGAUGGCUAGAAUUUGACCAAAAAAGAGCAAAAUAUGCUGCUGAUCUCUUGAGCAACAUUAGAUUUGGUACCAUCUCAGCCCAAGACCUGGUGAACUUUGUGCAAACUGUGCCAAGAAUGAUGGAAGAUGUUGAAUGCCAUAGACUUUUAGUAGAUGCUAUGAAUUAUCACUUGCUCCCCUAUCACCAGAAUACAUUACAGUCUAGAAGAACAAGGAUUCGUGGAGGAUUACGAGUCCUAGUUACAGUAGGGGGACGCCCAGCUUUAACAGAGAAAUCCCUUAGCAGAGACAUCUUAUACAGAGAUCCUGACAAUGGAUGGAAAAGGCUUACUGAAAUGCCAGCUAAAAGCUUCAACCAGUGUGUCACUGUGAUGGAUGGAUUCCUCUAUGUGGCAGGUGGUGAAGACCAGAAUGAUGCCAGGAAUCAGGCUAAACAUGCAGUCAGCAAUUUCUGCAGAUAUGACCCUCGCUUCAACACAUGGAUUCAUCUGGCAAAUAUGAAUCAAAAGCGAACCCAUUUCAGUCUGAAUGUGUUCAAUGGCCUCCUUUUUGCCAUUGGGGGCCGCAACUCUGAAGGGUGUCUCUCUUCUGUUGAAUGUUAUGUCCCUGCAAUUAAUCAGUGGCAAAUGAAGGCUCCACUGGAGGUACCUAGGUGCUGCCAUGCGAGUGCAGUAAUAGAUGGUAGGAUUCUGGUCACUGGAGGGUACAUAAAUAAUGCUUAUUCUCGCUCUGUCUGCAUGUAUGACCCUGCAAAUGACAGCUGGCAGGAUAAGCCCAGCCUAAGCACACCAAGAGGCUGGCACUGUGCCAUCUCUCUCGGGGAAAAGGUCUAUGUCAUGGGUGGGUCUCAACUGGGAGGGCGAGGUGAAAGGGUUGAUGUUCUUCCUGUUGAGUGCUUUAGUCCUUAUCCUGGCCAAUGGAGUUAUGUGUCUCCUCUUGCAACUGGUGUGAGCACUGCUGGUGCCUCUAUCCUUGCUGGGAAAAUUUACUUGGUGGGAGGUUGGAAUGAAAUAGAGAAGAAAUACAAGAAAUGCAUUCAGUGCUUCAACCCUGACCUUAACGAAUGGACCAAUGAAGAUGAGUUGCCUGAAGCCACUGUAGGAGUUUCUUGCUGUACCAUUGCCAUGCCCAACACAAAGACCAGGGAGUCUCGAGCUAGUUCUGUAUCUUCAGUACCAGUCAGUAUUUAACUAUUUAAAAAUUAAAUAUAGAAGAGCUAGAUUAAUUUUUAAAUGUUUACUAUGUCCAGCUGUGUUCUAAUUCCUUGUGUGCCUAUUGGAAGGAGUGAAGGAAACACCAUUUAUGGAUCCAUGCUGGCUGUCAGUUUCAGUUUUGCAGAGCUAGCCAAUUGCCCUGGCAUUUAAAAUAUGUGGUAUGACAUCAGAAAUUUAAAGGUGAUGGAUCUGCUUAGUGAUUCAAGUCCUUGACAGCCUGACAAUCAGUGCACAAGAAGUCAGUAAAAUAAAUCAGAAAUAUAUAUUUAUAAACAUAAUUCUAUGUAAUAGGAAAAUUGUCUGUUUUGAUACAUUUCUACACAGUCAAAGGUUUCAUGUAUAAGAAUGCACAAAACCCACUGAUUACUUGUGCAAAACCAAAAGUAUUUAUACUAGAUUACCUUCCAGCUACAAUUUUCCACACACUGAACAGAUAAGCAACUCAUUGUUCAUCUAGAAUUUCUCUAGACAUUAUUUGGCUUUACCUUUAUGAUAAUUUGGAAUGAUGUAAAACUGAAAUACCAUUCUGUCAUAACAAAUGCUGCUUUUAUCUUUUCAAAUCAGUCAAGUCUUUAAGGUUGCAGGGUUUUUUCUUCUUUAAUAAGCCUUUGAAAAAUAUCUCAUCUUAAGUAUUUAUAUGGGUCUCUAAAAACCUGUUUUCUAAAAGACAAACAUCACCCUGAGUAAUUCUAUAACUUUUCUUUUAUGAGGCUGUCUGGUUUGCCCUUAGAGAGCAGAUUCUCUACAGCAAUGGAGUGGAAGAUUGAGUCCCACAUCCCACUGAGUCUCAUCUGAAGCAAAAUUUCAUUGACUACAAUGGCUGUAGACUGAAUUUAAAGUCAUUUUGAUCAUACCAUGUAGUAAGGUGGUGUUUUUUAAAGGCAGCAAUUUUCUAAAUAUUAUUGUAUUAGACCUGUGAAAAAUAGUUUGUAUGUUACUUUUUUAUCAUUGCCUCCCACAUUGUAGUGUAAAAUAUUAGCCCAGCUAAUCAUGGUAAUGGGUAAAUUGAAACUGGAAAACACUGUUGUUCCAGUAAUACAGUUUAACUGCUAUUGUCAGGGAUUGAAUGAUAGGGGAAACUUCGGCGAUCCAACAUCUCAGUGUUAAUGUAAUGAGGGCAUUGUGACUUGAAAUGGUUUCAUUAUGUGGUAUGAAAGAAAAAUGCCCACAUAUAACUUUUGUGUUUAUAUACUUGAAUGGCCUGAUCGUGAUGGUCAGUCACGCUUCAAACCGAUAAUGUAAAUUUAGAAAUAAUCUCUUUUCUUCACAAUCUUCAGGGCCCAAUUUGUUUUGGGGGCUUUAUUUAUGUCUGUGUAUAUGGCUAAGAGGGUAAACUGAAGAAUCUAUGUCCCUGCAGACAUUCAGCAAACUGAGUAUCACAGUUGACAUGGUGCAACUUACCCAUUCUGUUCUUAUGCAUUCAAAACAUAUGAUCUAAAUCAGGCGUGCACAAAAGUUAACCUGUAAUUCAGAAGAAGAAGAGUUGGAUUUGUGUCCCCCCUUUCUCUCCUAUAGGAGACUCAAAGGGGCUUACAAACUCCUUUCCCUUCCCCCCUCACAACAAACACCCUGUGAG